AUGUUCGGCACGAAGAUAGGUGCUCUGAACGUGUACUUCAAGAAAGAGAACGAUCUUCUGCCGCGGCUAAUGUUCAACAAGGAGGGCAACCAAGGAAAUCAAUGGCUGCAUGGUAUUUUCAAUCUACCCAAGGCUAAAAAGGGUUUCCAGAUCAUAAUCGAGGGCGUGCGAGGCAGCGGCUACGUGAGCAACAUCGCCAUUGACGACAUAGCCAUUUUGCAGGGUGACAAGUGUCGAGACGACACUAAAGCGGAGAACGAGGGGGUCACCGAGGGCGACGAUGAUCAAAUCGAACUGGUGAACGCGCAGCAAACUUGCCGUGGAAAAUGUAAAAAUAGUAUGACAUAUAAUUUUACAACUUUGAUGCCACCCACGCCGACGGAAAGCUGCCUCUGCACCCUCGAUUGCGAAGAACAGUCACUCUGCUGUCCGGAUUACGCGGAGUAUUGCAUUCUUGCGUACACCAGCGAGGCGAACGUGUCCGUGGAACAGUCGACGAUACCGAAUCACGAGGGUGCAGUUUCCGUUCCAGCGACGAAGAAGAGCACGAUGAGCGACAUGGCGACGGUCAGGAGCGGUUUCUCGAUAAAUCCAAAGGACGAUAUCGAUCCUGUCACGUUGAGGCCGUCCACCAUCAUUACCACGACCGUGCCAACAACGACCACAAUCUCGACGACGACCAGGCGGAAAAUCGAGAAACCAACGAGAAGCACCAAACGCACCACACAGCCGAUCGUCACUGCGAAAACUAUUCAAACGUCGGGCACGUUAUUUGUUCGGCCCACCAGCACACCUGGCAGACACGCUCCGAUGAACGAGAAACCUGGUAAUGCGAAUUGUGUUGUAUCACGUUCGAUUGUGAAAUUUCCUGACACCAGCGUCACAGGGUCGAUAAGAUCUUCUGGUGAAAAAUGUGGACGACGAGGAAAAGAAAACGAGCGUUCUUUCCCCGCAGAUUCGAACGAGAGGAGGCAAGACCCGGAGAAGAUAUCCCGAGGCUCGAGGUUCAGCUUGUCGGGAAUUAUCGCCGCGGUGGUCGGGAUCCUGACGGGGGUGUCCAUCUCGCUAAUGCUCCUGGUUAUCAUCGUGAGACGAAGAAAAACGUACAAACGCGGGACGAACAGAUCGGCGCUCUCGGAAGAUAGCGACGUUCGAUUUUUAACGUCCGACGAGAUCUUGGACUUCACGUUAGCCAGGCCCAGUGACAACGACGAGACGUAA